GAAUCCCUUUCUCUCUCUAAAAAGAAAAAAUAAAAAAUAAAAACUUUCUCUCUCUCUCAAAUUGACGAAAGGAUAACAGACAGGAGAGAGAAAAUCGGUGGAGCGAGUUUUAGAGGAGAGAGAAAAAUAAUGGGGAGGUAUUUGGGGAAACGCAAAGGAGUAGUAGGCGAAAUUGCGGUUGUAGGAGUAAAAACAAGAGCUCGAGCUGCUUUAGCUAUGGCGGCGGCUGCUACUACUGCUACUUCAUCGCCGCCGGUGAAGAAGAUCAAGAAAGUUUCGAGGUCGAAAAACUUUUAUCAGCUAAGAAAUCGCCGGAAAAAUUUGUCGGUGCUGGAGAAUUUCGAUGAGAAGGAAACGACGUCGUCUUCUUCGGAAGUUGUUGCUGUUCUUGUUGAAGAAGAUGUUGCGAAUUGUUCGAAAAGUGAGGUGAUUACUACAAAUAAAUCGGAUUUUCCGCCUUCUUGCAGCUCAAGCAAUAAUGAUCAGUCGAAUUCGAAUGAAAUCGUCAAGGAUCGUUUAGGAAUUAGUAUCGCAGAUCCAGAGGUUGAGAGUGGUGAGGCAUCGUCAAGGUAUUUCGACUGCCAUAGAACAGAAGCGAGUGAAGCCUCAAAAUCGGACAACCAGGAUUCUCCGAAGCUUCGAGAUGCAGCAAAAUCAACGGUCGAGAUGAAGAUGCCGUCUGAUUCAGAAAUCGAAGAAUUCUUCUCUACUGCUGAGAAAGACCUCCACAAACGCUUUAGCGAUAAGUACAAUUUCGACAUUGUGAAUGAUGUUCCACUGAAUGGUCGUUACGAGUGGGUUCCAUUACAGCCAUAAACAACAACAACAACAAAAGCUAUGUCUGAUGAUAAUGAUGAAUUCUUCCACAAUUACGCCAAAUUUAGCCAGUAAAUUCUCAAGUAACUUUUACUUUUUUUAGUUUUUUCUCUUAGCAAUUGCUCUAAUUCCUCAUGGAGAAAAAAAAAGUACAAUUAGCUAGUAAAUUAACUUUAUUAGCUAGAAACUUUUUUUUAGUUUUUUAGUUGAAUGAUUUUUGUCGUUGGGGAAGAAGGAUUCCACUCACUUACUCACUAGCAAUGUGGCUAAAGAAGAAGUAAGUAGUAUUAGUAUUAGUAUUAGUAUUAGUACAAGUUGAUGUACAUUCUGUCUCCUUUUGUAUCUUCAGUAGUAGUAGUAUGAGUAUCUACUUAUUACUCUCA